AUGUCUGACGACUUCAAAGUAUUGAUUAUUGGGGGCGGCUUAGGUGGUUUGGCCCUAGCACAGGCACUGCGAAAACAUGGUAUUGCCUAUGAGAUUUUUGAGAGAGAUCUAGCCUGGGAUUCGCGUAACCAGGGCUGGGCACUCUCUUUACAUUGGAUCUUGGAAGAUCUAUUGGGGCAAACUCCGGACGACAUGCCUUCAUUUGACCAUGUCAGUCUUGGUUACGAGCACGGAAUGGAGGCAGAGUUUGCCUAUUUCAACGCCUUCACAGGUGAGGAACAAAUGCGCUUGUCGCAUAGCAAGGAGAAGCCGUUUCUACGUAGUGACCGAAGCAAGGUCCGCCUUUGGCUGAUGCACAAACUGGACAUUCAGUGGAACAAGCACUUCAUCCGAUAUACCGAAGACUCUGAUGGCGUUACUGCCUACUUUGAAGAUGGCACGUCCGCCAAAGGUAGUCUGUUAGUCGGUGCUGAUGGAGUCAACAGCAAGGUUCGUGACCAGCUCAUGGUAGGCUCCGGGCUUAAGCCUCGAAUCAUUCCGCUGGGAAAUAUCACCUCCCUCGUCGAACUUCCAAAGGAAAAGUACACGAAGCAACUCGAGCUCGGACGUUCAUUCUUUCUCGCCCACUCUCCAAACCAUCGACUCUUUGUUGGAUUCCGCCAUUUCUCCAAGGACGAAGAAACCGCGUCCUUUUACUGGCGUCUUUCAUGGUACGAUAAGGAGACCCAGAAUGAGCCUUAUUGGACAGCCACAGCCUCUCCAGAAGAGUUGAUGGAAUACGCACGGGAAAAGACUAAGGACUUCUUUCCUCUGUUGACAGAAACUCUCAGGGCGACGCCACCGUCUGGAGUAGUUGUUCCGUCCCUGACCUUCUGGGACAUGCUACCCAUUCCCCUUCCAACUGGAAGGGUGACACUCUUGGGAGACGGCAUCCAUCCUAUGUCCCCGUUUCGUGGAGAGGGUGCAAAUUUUGCCAUGAAGGACGGCCUGAGUCUAGGUCAAUAUUUGGCCGAGAGAAAGAAUGGAGAGACGAUCCCUGAGCUUCUUAAGCGCUACGAGAGUGAAAUGCUGAUCCGUGGAUCUGGAGGCGUUUUGAAAUCUCGAGCGGCAGCUGAAGACCACGUCAAAGAGUCCGACGAGGCAGACAAGAGGCAUAACGGUGACAAUAGCUGGUUGACCGCUCGUAUUAAGAAACAAGCCGGCGAUCAAGGGUUCAAGCGCGUUGUCAAAGACUGA